GUUUUACACAUGAGCUUAGCUAGCAACUUCGCCAUGACAUUGCCUACAAGUGUGACCGGGGAUUUCUAUUGGAGAAGCUGUUUUAGCCUAUCUUCAUACUGUACUGUCUUUAGAGGUGUCUUUGGUACGAACUCUGUGAUUGUAGCCUCUGGCUUCUCUCUUUUACUUCCGCAAACAUCCCGUUUACAGGAAGUGACGCUGUAGUAAAUACCACCGGAACGGAAGUCCAUGGAGCGCGCCAAAUUUGUUGUGCAGCUGCGUUGGAGUGAACUUCGCGUUGAAGAUUUUAGAUAAAAUAUAUAUAUGCUGAUAAGGAAGCAGGACUGCUGAAAGACUCAAGCAUGGCGGUACCUUUUGUGCAGGACUGGGACCUGAUCCAGACGCUGGGAGAAGGAGCAUAUGGAGAGGUGAGGCUGUUAGUGAACCGACAGACAGGAGAGGCUGUAGCGGUGAAGGUCAUUGAUACGUCUCAGGGGAAGGAGUGUUCUGAGAACGUCAAGAAAGAGAUCUGCAUCAACAAGGUUCUGUCCCACCCUAACAUAGUGCGUUUCUUCGGCCACCGGAGAGAGGGGCCGACUGUCUAUCUGUUCCUGGAGUACUGCAGUGGAGGAGAGCUAUUCGACAGGAUUGAGCCUGAUUUGGGGAUGCCAGAGAGAGAAGCUCACAGGUUUUUCCAGCAGUUGAUAGCAGCUGUGGAGUAUCUCCACAGUGUAGGUAUCACCCACAGAGACAUCAAGCCUGAGAACAUUCUACUGGACGAUAAAGAUAACCUAAAGUUGUCAGACUUCGGUCUCGCUACGAUGUUCCGUCACCGUGGGCGAGAGCGGCGUCUGAACAGGCUUUGUGGAACGCUGCCGUACGUCGCGCCUGAGCUGCUCAGCAAAUUAGAGUUCAGCGCUCAACCAGCUGACGUCUGGGCCUGUGGCAUCGUCCUCACUGCCAUGUUGGCUGGCGAGUUGCCAUGGGACCAGCCCAGCGAGAGCUGCCAGGAGUAUUCUGAUUGGCUGCAGAAGAAGACCUACCUCUCCCCCUGGAAGAAGGUUACACACACCCCCUCUGUAAGACACACCCCCCUCUGUCUGCUAUCUAAGCUGCUCCGGGCCUUGCCAGAAGAGAGGCUGUCUAUAUCUGAACUCAAGACCGAUCCAUGGUUCAGUCAGACCCUCACAUCCUCAUCCUCUCACAACAAACUACUGUGCUCCGACACACAACUACACAGGAACAACAGUGACAGGGUGCAGUUCUCCAGCUCCCAGCCAGACCCAGCGCUGGGUGUGUGUGUGUGGGAGGGAAGUGUUUGUGUCGGAGGGGCAGACCAGGUCAGCUUCUCUCAGCCGGCCAGACCAGACAACAUGCUGCUGGGGAGUCAACUACUGGGCACACCUGGAGCCAGCCAGACCCCGUGGCAGCGGCUGGUUCGGCGGAUGACAAGGUUCUUUACGACUCUGGACUCUUCAGCUUCCUGCUCCGCUCUGAGAGACACCUGUAUCGACCUGGGCCACACCUUCAAACACACCUGCACCAACCAGGUAACGGUCAGUACUCUGGAUAGACGGAACAAUAAGUUGAUAUUUAAGGUUCAUCUGAUGGAGCUGGACCAGAGAGUUUUACUGGACUUCAGACUAUCCAAGGGCGAUGGUCUGGAGUUUAAGCGUCUCUUCCUGAAGAUCAAACAGAAGCUAAGUGACAUCAUCAGCACCCAGAAAAUACCACUUCCUGUCACAUGAUCAGAUGCCAUCUACGCCACGGAACGCACACACCAGAUGACAUCAGACUGUGUGUGUGUGUGUGUGUGUGUGUGUGUGUGACUAUCCUCAUGGGAACCUGAAAUCCCCAAAAGUCCCCUCAAGGACAGUAAAACAAGAAAAAUCCUCCCUCGUGGGGACAUUUCCCAGGUCCCCAGGAAGACAGACCAUUUUAAGUUUAGGGAAAAUAGGAUUUUGAAUGGAAAUCCAUUUUAGGUCCCCACAAGGAUAGUAACACAUGUGUUGUGUAGACGUAGUAGCAACUAUAGCUGGGACCAUCAACCGGAGAUGAUCCACACCGACCUUACCGAUCACUUAUCACAGGCAUUCUGCUGAUAUGAUUCAUUAUGAUACGUAGCCUAUACUAGAGAAAUGAAAUAAGUGUGAUAAUAUGGGUGAUUGUCAAUGGGACAAUUGAUGACUACAACCAUCACACUAGUAGUAGUAGUUUAAAGGAUCAUUUUUUAAAUGGUGGUGCACAAUGUUAUAAACUUAUCCAUACUUUAUCAUUAUCUCAUCAAUUCAAGGCAAUUUAUCUGGAUAUAGAUGUCUGAUUGUCUGUCUGUCUCUCUGAUUGUCUGUCGGUCUGUCUGUGUGACUCUCUCUCGUGUUAGUGUGUGUUGUUUUGUGUGUUGGUGUGUAACUCUUAUUGUGUAUCAAAUAAAAUAAGUUGUGAUAA